AUGAAAUUUUUAGUAAUCAUUUUUUUGCUUUUUCGCAGACAGCAGAAUAAUUUAAAAUCCAAAUGUCGGUUAGAAGAUUGUGAAGAAUGGCAGACAUUUUUGAAUAAUUCCAUACACCAAUUAUGCUACCAAAGAGACAAGAUAACAUUUUUAAAAUUUAAAAAGAAAUUUAAAUUCAAAGGCAGCAUUAAACUGCCUGAGAACACAACACAUACAGACAACAUUGAUUGCAAUGAUAAAAAACUACCAUACAUAAUUGGUCUCGAUAUCUCAUUCAUUAAGGAUAACACUGAAGAUGCAUGUGUUGGAUUAACUGUAUUGAGUUUGCCAUAUUUAGAGGUGGUGUAUGAAGAAACAACAAUGAUAAAAAUAACAGUCCCUUAUGUUUCUGGCUAUUUAGCUUUUCGAGAGGCAGAAUUUUAUGUUGGAAGGAUGAGAUCAUUUAUGGAGGCCCACCCUGAUUUCAGGCCCUUGUGCCUUAUGGUUGAUGGCAAUGGUGUGCUGCACAAAAAAAAUUUUGGUUUGGCCUGUCACAUUGGUGUCAUGUUGGACCUGCCAACAAUUGGUGUUGCAAAGAAGCUCAGCAAUGUUGAUGGUAUUGAGAAGAAUAAUUCUCUCAGAAAAAAGAUUGAAAACAUGCAAAACUGUGGAGAUAGCAUUAUGUUAGAAUCAUCCAGUGGAAAUGUUCUUGGAAUUGCUCUAAGAAGUGGAGUUGACUCAAGAAAUCCUGUUUACAUAUCUGUGGGCCAUAAAAUCUCAUUACAAACAGCAAUCAAUCUAGUCAAGCUGUGUUGUGUCUGUAGAAUUCCUGAACCAAUCAGAUUGGUAAGGUUUAAGUAA